AUGUUGGAUAAAGGUGUUAUCGUGAGAGUAGACACUCCGACUGACUGGUGUUCACCUCUUGUCAUUGUCCCUAAAAAGGACAAUUCAAUAAGACUUUGCGUAGAUUUUACUAAACUUAAUGAGAGUGUUAAACGAGAACUAUAUCCUGUGCCCUCUGUAGACUACACUCUGGGACAAUUAGAUGGUGCUAAGGUGUUCUCGAAACUAGAUGCUAACUCGGGUUAUUGGCAAAUACCCAUAACAGAAGAAGCUUCAUAUUUGACUACUUUCAUCACACCUUUUGGAAGGUUCAGAUUUUUACGACUUCCUUUCGGGAUUUCCACUGGUUCAGAAGUAUUCCAGCGUCAAAUGUCUGAAUCACUUGAAGGCCUUCAAGGUGUUGUUUGCCAUUUCGAUGACAUAACUAUAUACGGGAAAGAUAUGGAAGAACAUGACAAAAAUUUACAUCGUGUUUUGUGUAGGCUCCAGGAAAAGGGCUGGACACUUAAUAGAUCAAAAUGUGUGUUCCGGCAUGACAGUAUCAGUUUACUAGGCCACCUUGUAACUAAAAAUGGUAUUAAGCCAGAUCCCUCUCGUGUUGAGGCUAUCCAAAAACUCAAGACGCCAACUAAUGUUAAAGAACUAAGGAGAAUUCUAGGUGUUGUCAAUUACGUAGCCAAGUUUAUUCGUAAUUUGUCGACCAUAGUUCAUCCACUACAUGCUUUACUGCAAAGAAAUACAGAAUUUGUUUGGGGGCCUGAUCAAGACCAAGCUUUGGAAAAGAUUAAACUGUCAUUGAUGUCCGAACCGUGUCUCGCUUUAUACAGCAUUUCUAAAGAAACCUUCCUCUCAGCGAAUUCCUCGUCAUACGGUAUUGGAGUUACACUACUUCAGCUUCAAGAAGAUGGAACUAAACGUCCGGUGGCCUAUGCUUCUAGAAGUUUGUCAUCAGCCGAACGUAAUUGGGCUCAAAUAGAAAAAGAAGCUCUAGCGAUUGCUUGGGGGUGUGAACGGUUUGAACACCUCAUUUUAGGGUUGCAUUUGCAUAUUGAGACAGACCAUAAGCCCUUGCUCUCCAUAUUCAAGAUAAAAGACUUGGACAAUAUUACUCCCAGGCUUCAGAGAAUACGACUCCGACUAAUGAGAUAUACGUAUGACAUUACCUACACGCCCGGUAAACAGUUGAUUUUGGCUGAUGCACUGUCUCGAGACACAGAGAACUCUGAAGAGGAAUGGGAACUUACAGAGGAAAUCCUUGCUUAUAUACAAAACAUUGACACUACUCUACCAUCAGUUUCGGAUGAAAGGUUGCGAGAAAUAAAUCAAGAAACUAUGAAGGAUGAAACUCUAAAACAUGUGUCACAGUAUUGUGUGAAAGGUUGGCCAGAAAAAUCUAAGAUUCCAGAGGAUGUAUUGCCCUACUGGUAUCAUAGAGAAGAUAUAAGUGAGCAAAAUGGUAUACUUCUCUUUGGAAGUCGUAUUAUAAUACCAAAUUCUCUAAGAGCUAAUGUACUAAGAAGUAUUCAUGAAGGACAUCAAGGCAUAACAAAAUGUAGAUCUUUUGCAAAAUUGACUGUGUGGUGGCCUCGUCUUUCUCAACAAAUCAAAGAACUAGUAGAAAAUUGCAAGACAUGUGCAGAAAAUCGCGCUACGAGAGCAGAGCCGCUGAUACCAACCCCUUAUCCGGAUAGACCUUGGCAAAUAGUGGGUGCCGAUUUGCUGAAGUGCAAAGGUCACUGGUAUCUCUUAAUCUCAGACUAUUAUUCCAGGUUUAUGGAGAUUGCUAGACUAAAUGACUUAAAAAUGGGCACUAUUGUGACAUAUACAAAGUCCAUCUUCGCACGUCAUGGUGUACCUGAGACAGUGAGAGCAGACUGUGGUUCUCAAUUUGACUGCUGUCAAUUCAAACAACUUGGUCGUGAUUAUGGAUUUAAAUUGAUUACAUCAAGCCCAAAAUUUCCACAAAGCAACGGCUUCAUAGAAGCGCAAGUAAAAAACUUUAAGUACCACUUAGAAAAAAGUGAUGAUCCCUACAAAAUGCUACUUAUGUUAAGAGCAACCCCUCUGGAAAAUGGGAAAAGUCCAGCGGAAUUACUUUUCGGGAGAAGGAUCCGCACUUAUGUUCCGAUAAUGUCUGAUCAACUAAUACCCUAUCUGGUAGACACUGAAAAGUUAAGGGAAAAGGAAGAAGCAAGAAUUGAUCGUCAAAAGAUUUAUUUUGACAAAAGACAUAGAGCCACAGAAUUGCCUACUCUACCUGAUGGAGCUCAAGUCCAUAUAAAGGACAGGAAUCAAGAAGGAACUAUAUUAAACAAACAUCCUGCACCUCGAUCCUAUAUAAUUCAAACGCAAGAUGGUUGUUUGCGGAGGAACAGAAGAUCACUGCAAAGAUUUAGCACUACUAUGCCUUCUGAUCAACCAGCACUGCAGACCAGUCCCUCAGAAAACCUGAGAAGAUCAGAACCAUCGCAGACAAAUCCUUUAGCGAAUCUAAGAAGAUCAACAAGACAAUUCAAACCUACCCGGAGGUUCGAUCUUUAA